UCUAGAAGGCGAACGUGUGACUGUCCGUUACACGUCCUGCCUCCGCGCGACCCACGCGCCAGUCCGACACCCCCCCACUCUGUUACGUCAUCAGCUGCCUCCUCGAUUCACAUAAGACCCUACUCGGCGUUGGCCGGGCAACUCCUAGCACUCGCCUGAGGCACCUCCUUUAUAGACGGGCGGCGGUUUGUGUCGCCACCUAAGGCUUGGGACACGCCAGGGGAUGGGCGCUUGUAGAUGACGUAAUCAGCCAGGGUAGUCGGCUCAGAAGGCCCCGCAAUGUGCAAGUGGUGUAUGUGAGGCCGCUGGGGGCUGGGAGCGCUGCCACGCGUGGGGGUGGGGAUGGCAGCCGCCGUAGAGCAGAGGAUGUGGGGCGCUGGUUUCCGUACAGAACAAGGCACCCUGCAGUAGCGCGAUGCCUGCGGGGGGCGCAGCCAUGCUCUGGCUCCCAGCGCAGAGGCUUAUCCCGGCUGUGAAGGGCUUGUGCAGUUUAUCAGGCUGCAAGUCCUGUUUCCUUCGGAGAUUUUCCAUCCAGCCUGCCCAGCAGAGGAAGAUUCCAAACCGGUACCUGGGCCAGCCCAGCUCCUUCACACAUCCACACCUUCUCAAACCAGGGGAGGUAACACCAGGAUUGUCACAGGUGGAAUAUGAUCUACGCCGACACAAGCUGAUGACUUUGAUCAAGAAAGAGGCGCAAGAGUGGGGUGCGGUGGACCACACAGUGAUUCUGCUAUCCAACGCCACUUACUACAUGAGCAACGACAUCCCAUACACCUUCCACCAGGACACCAACUUCCUGUACCUGUGUGGCUUCCAGGAGCCUGACAGCAUCCUGGUGCUGCAGAGCUUGCCUGGCAAGGCACUGCCAUCCCACAAGGCCAUGCUCUUUGUGCCACGGCGAGAUCCAAGCCGAGAGCUGUGGGAUGGGCCACGAUCAGGCACCGAUGGGGCAGUAGCUUUGACAGGAGUGGAUGAAGCUUACCCCCUAGAGGAGAUUAGACACCUGGUGACCAAACUGAAAGGUGAAUCAAACAUGGUUUGGUAUGAUUCUGCAAAGCCAGUGCACACACAGCUCCACUCUGACUACCUGCAGCCUCUGGCCGAGAUCAAAGCUGGAAGCAAAAACCGCAUCCGAGCUAUUCAUCAUCUAGUACAACAACUCCGCCUGAUCAAAUCCCCUGCAGAGAUUGAGAGGAUGAAGGUUGCCGGAAGGGUGACUUCACAGGCUUUUAUAGAGACAAUGUUUGCCAGCAAAUUCCCAGUGGAUGAAGCAUAUCUCUAUGCUAAGUUUGAAUUUGAAUGCCGGGCACGAGGGGCUGACAUCUUGGCUUACCCACCUGUGGUCGCUGGUGGCAACAGGUCCAACACUUUGCACUAUAUAAAAAACAACCAGCUUAUCAAGGAUGGAGAAAUGGUCUUACUGGAUGGUGGAUGUGAGUCUUCCUGCUACGUAAGUGACAUCACUCGCACCUGGCCCAUCAAUGGCAGGUUCACUGAUCCCCAAGCAGAGCUGUACCAGGCUGUCCUGGAGAUCCAGAAGUCCUGCCUGAGCCUCUGCUCUCCAGGUGUGAGCCUGGAGAACAUCUACAGCCUCAUGCUGAGCCUUAUGGGACAGAAGCUGAAAGAGCUGGGGAUCCUAAAGAAAAGCAGCACUGAGAACCACCUCUUCAAGGUUGUUCGGAAGUACUGCCCGCAUCAUGUGGGCCAUUACCUGGGUAUGGAUGUUCAUGACACACCAGACGUGUCCCGAUCGCUCCCACUCCAGCCGGGCAUGGUGAUAACCAUUGAGCCAGGCAUCUACAUCCCCCAGGAUGACAUGGCCGCCCCAGAGAGGUUACGUGGCCUCGGUGUGCGCAUCGAGGAUGAUGUGGUGGUGACGGACGACGUGCCCCUGAUCCUGUCUGCAGACUGCCCCAAGGAGAUCUAUCAUGUCGAGCAGAUCUGUGGCCGCAACCUGUGAUCUCUCUCCUCUGCCUUAUACACCCUCCUUGGGUUCCUCAGGAAACAUGCUCCCACACACACAUGCAGUGAUGUAUAUUUCUGUGACUGGACCUGGUUGCAGGGCAGUUGGGGAGGUGGGGGGUUGGGAUGGAAGUUGUUGCUGGUGCGGGGACUCUGUAGUUAGGACAUGAAUUGGAUUGCUAAUGGCUCAGGUAACAUCACUGUUAGAAAGUGAAGAAACCAUUUAUUUACAUAGUUAAUGUCUGUUCUAGUUAGUGCUGAUUGAAAGAUCUAGAAUGCAGGAGGUGGAUCUCUCCGCUCCUGCUCUCAUGCACAUAAUCUUGUUCAUUUCUGUCAGCAGGACAGUAGCGUGCCCCUCACCCCCACCCCCACCCCCGGCUCGUUCUUCCUUGCGGGUCCUUGAACAGGAUGCAGCAGCUGAGGGCCAGGUGCCACAUGUUGCCCUUUGUUGUCAGUUUCACACCAGCCCGGUGAGACACCGAUUUAAAUGAAAACGUUCAAAAGUUUGGGAGAGGGGGCAAGUGGGUUGUUUUGGGCUUCUGUGGAGGAAUGACAAGAGGGGGUUUGGGAGACUAGAAGAUGGGGUCGGGUUGUGGGAAGUUUGUAUUGAUGCAGAAGGGUUUUAGCAUCUAGGGAAGAGACUAUGUUAGGCUUUCUUUCUAGGAGGUUUGAGAAAGAUUGGCAAUAGUAAGGAGGGGUCAUCUGAAGGCAUACAGCAGGGUUUGGUAUUGGGAGAGGGGACUGACUGGGUUCACUGCACUUGGUGCGUGUUUGGAUUGCCCAUUCAUCCGUCCUUCUAGUCUCUUUUCCCCUCCGCCCCCCCAUAUUGUUAGCUCCAGACUUCCACUCUACCUCCCCGCCACUCUACCCCCAAUUCUUCUACCUGAGAUCAACUUGACUGUACUGGUCUGCACUGAUGAGCUGCUGUUUCUCUAGUUCAAAUAUGUGUACAUUAUUGUACAAUUGUGUCUGGGACAGUCAAAAUCCCAUCCAGUACUUGAAUGGCAGGUGCAGGCAACCACACCAAUGCCCCUUGAGCAGCCCAGACGUAUUUUGUAACUUGUUAAGAGAGAGAAAAAUAACCUCCAGUAGGGGGUUCCAGUACUCUCCCCUUUGAAAGUUUUUUGAACAUAUAGGGCACCUGCCUUUUGGUGAUUUCCAAGUUUAAAAAAAAACGGUCUUUGACGAUCUCUCUGAGCCAGGUAUAAAUGUGACCCCUUGCCUUCAAGGGUAGAUGAAUGAAUUUGCAGGUUCUAAAGAAGAGGAUGAAUCCUAAUUCUCCAUUCCCUUCCAACAUUCAAUCCAUUUCAAACAGUGGUAAAUGUAUCUAUAAUACAUAUAUACUGUGUUUGGUUAUUUAUUGGUCAUAUUUUGGCAAUUAGCUUUAUAUUUAAUACAUUGUGAAAAAUAUCACUUACUACAAUGUAUAUCCCUUGUUUUAUUUAUACAUUCUUUUGCUUCACUCCAUUCUUUCUUCCUCAUGUAAGGUAGAUCUCCCUGUAUUUUCUCCUAUGUUGUUUUCAGUGUAUGUUGUUUUUUUUAUUUCGUUCUCUCCUUUCCCUGUGCUUGCUUUCUGUCUUUCUUCUAAAAUUUAACUUCCUAAUCCCUAUGCUUCUCUUUUCUAAUCUAUCCCUCAGUCUCUCCACCAACUCAGCUCCAUGACUCUAGCAAUUAACAUAUAGGAAUAGGAGUCAGGACUCCUGAUUUCUGUUUCUGGCUCUCUGCUGAUUUUGUGUGACCUUUGGCAAAACCUUCUAUACCUUUUGUGCUUCAUUUUCCUCUUCUGCAAAAUCGCGUACCUCUUUCAGGUGGGUGUUGCAAGACCUGUUUAAUUAGGGCCAAAUUGUGCACCCUAGUGGACAUGUGCAUCUCCCAUUGCCUUCAAGGGGAGAUGGGUACAUGCAUCCAAGGGAUGAACUUGACCCUUUAAAGGCAGCUAACUUACCUGACCUGUUUUUUUUUGUUUUUGUUUUUUUAAAUAAGCAAGGGGAAAAAAGGUGAGGCUUUUAGUGAGUUUUACAGAUCAGUCUAUGCCUAUUUAAAAGAAUCUACUAUAUUUUGAUUGUGAUAAUUUUGUUAGAUCACAGCUACUACAGUGACAAGUACAAUAUAAAUUGUUAGAAAGAAGGCGCACUAAAGAUAUAUGGAGAUGCAUAAUAUUGCUGCUAAUGUGCUAACUGAUAAUAAUUUAGCCUGUACUCUAAAUCUGUUACACAUAACAUUGUUAUUCCAAACAUGCCUUUGGUGCUGUGCCAACCAAUACCUACAGGUAGUAACUUUGGACUUUGAAUCUACAUGACUAGCUGUGAAUAGCAUUCACCGGUAAAGCUGUAUUUUCCCAUGUACCUAACUGCAGAGUUGAUGAUUGUGUAUCUAUCUGUAAAUAAAACUUUGAAAUACAUA